AUGGCUGCUGACUGGCAACCAGAGUGCCUUGUGCCUCAGAACCAGCCGUCCCUCGAUACCGUUGGGGCUCAUUCAGAUAGGGCUUUGCAGAAUACAUCUGGGAACGUGCAGUCAUACUCUGAUGCUUUGACACACGACGUCGCUGGUCGGGAUGAUCACCUCCAGCAGAUGGCUUACAAGUAUCCCCAUCCUCCCGUCCACCACCAAGUCGCUGUCGCCCCGAACCACCACCAGCAAGUAGCAGCUCGGCUCCACGCCCGCAAGCUUCGUCGGCUUCACUCAGUUGGGCCUAAUGUUGGUCCUCGCCGCGGACGAAGCUACCUGAAGUCCCAAAAGUAUCUUGAGUAUCGAGCACGUCCUCGACGUGACACUGGCAAAGAUGGAGAGCCUGUGUGGUCCGAUGAGUUGGAGGAUGCUUUCCAGCAAGCUCUUGAGGCAAACCCUCCCAUGGGUCGACGCAAGUGGUCCGAACGGGGAAAGUCAUACGGCCGAAAUGAGUUGAUUGCCGAAUACAUCUUCAACUUGACUGGCAAGCGACGAACUCGCAAGCAGGUUUCGAGUCAUCUUCAAGUACUCGAUUCGUUCUUGAAAGGAGAUCCAGACUGGGAGCGACUUGUUCGCGAACAGUCUACCGACCGACCAAGUGGACACUCUCAAGCCUCAACACCCAAGUGGAGAGCUUCGGUGGAUCAUGGAGCGUCUAGUCACUACGGAGCUCCGGCACACUACCACGAUCCGAUGCGUUCGAUCCAGCCUUACGCAGGAGACCUACCACCACCUCACUACACUUUGGGUUCAAGCAUGCAAGAGACUGGGACCAAGAACAUCCAUGGCUUUAGCUUUGACAUGUGGGUCAGUGCGCCUCAGGAGGCCAAUCGCGUUGACAAUGCCCUGCAUGCAUAUACCCGUCUGCAAGGCGAUCUCAAUCACCCUGCUCCUCCGAUGCCAUUGGAAAACGUGAAUGGCUGGCGGUCAUCAUUCCCGGAGUUAUCAACCAUUAUCAAUGACGGUUCUCUCGACUGCGACAUUAUUAUGCUUGAAGUCAACCUGCAGCUCAUGUCUGACUUCCCUCCCCCGGGGUCUCGUCUUGGUAUUCAAUUAGACCUUGACUUUGCACACCCUACCGCCGGGGAUGUGUUUAUGGUAGGCCAGAUGGAAGACUGGACAUGCAGCACACAUCUUUAUGAGGCCGGUCGAGAGAAAUGGGACACAUAUCACCCGCUUCCGAAACCUCAAUCUCAGUCAACCAAGGUCAAGCCUCUUUUUGAAUCUCAAUGGUGGGCGAGAAUCUUCACAGAAUUGACCCAAGACAAGCGCAUUGCCGAAGACUCUGCUCAACAAGAAUCCAUUAUUGCGAAUGACGAGCGUACUCGUCGCUAUCUACGCUCUUUGUCUGCAGUACAGGAGAUCCGCGCUGUGCCCCCCAGCUCUAGGCGCCUCUCCAACCAGUUCCAAGGCCAACAGGAUGAGAGUGAACGCAUGGCUAUCUUGGUUUGGAAAUUCCGUCAAACCCGACCUGGUGAAGUUGGCACCACCACUUGGCGCCGGCUGAUUCCGCCGCCGGACCGUACUCAAACCAAUAGCCCUCGGCCAGCUGUUAGUGUUGGUGCCGGUGUUGACCUUCCCCCUCUUUCCUUGGAUUCCAUUCUUCUCAACAAACCAUCGCAGAGCGUCUACCAAACACCGCAAGCCCAUGAUCUGAUUCACCACCCAAGUCAAUCCCAGCCACAAUGGCCAAUGUACUCAUCUUCCCACGACAACGUGGCUAAUAUGUUUAAUUCUUCCGGUCAUCUUGACUUUAUGACCUCUAUCACGAAAGCUGAAGAUGCUCUCGGUGACAAGACAGCCGUCACCUCCGUGCUGGACUCCUUCGCUACUAGCCUUGCACCGGAGACAUCGCAGCCAACCAGCCUCAGCAUGCCCAGUGGGGGGCCAGUGAUGAUGAACAUGCACGAUCUCCCACUCUCUCAUCCAUCUCUUGGAUACAAUAUUGGCCAUGACACCAGCCACUACAUGCCACCUCAACAGCACGGCGUCAGUCUUCACGACAGUAACAACCACAGUGUGCUUAAUGGCUUCUUCGCAUCAGGUUCUCACUCCCUCGAAGAUCUUGGCCAUGCCCAAGCUCCCUGGGGCUCCCAUUCGAACUCUAUCCCUGGCGAUAUGAGUGCUGGUGGAUAUCACCAUAUCCCAUACCAAGAGCACCAAGGUCCUGUUUCGCGAGAGUCGCAACAAUCACACCAUUACGAUGGCAUUCCUGAAGAUUUGAUGGACAAGCUUGUUGGUCGCAUGUCUAAUGGUCCUAGUAUGCACGGGGCAGGCCCUGAACAUAGCAAUGCUACCUACCCAGAUGAUGGGGCUGUGGAUGCAGUAUAA